UCGACAACCGAACGGCCAAGAGCACACUAGAGUCGAGUGAGAGAGCGACGGGGACCGAGAGCCCGUGCGUCGCGUCGACAAGAGUUAAAAAACGUUCCUCUUGCACACGCACACCGCGAUUUCGUACGGUCCGACGUCGUUGGCUGCGAAAACGACUGGCACCGGAUCGGGCUGGAUAGGCGGCCGCGGCGGCAACAGCAGUAGCAGUACAGAUUCUUCAGAUUUUUACUUUUUUAAAGCGAGUGGUGCGUCCGUAUUUUUCGCGUCAGCCCCUUUUACGUUCAUUUUAUUUUUACUUGUUGGGGAUCGUUUUGUAGUGUGUGCGCGUGGUGCCGGUGCAUUAUCCAUCCAACCUGGCGGCAUUCCUGGACCAGGCCGCCAUCUCACCACUGGCUCUGAGGGCCGGACUGGCCGCCCAUGUACCGCUGGGCGCGAAUUCCAGUUACCUGCAACACUCCACGCACAACAUAGGUCGUUGCGAGCAAGCCGCCGGCAUGCUAAUACCAUGCGCCGGAUGCGACAAACCAAUCCUGGACAAGUUCCUGCUCAACGUCCUCGACAGGACGUGGCACGCGAACUGCGUCCGAUGCUUCGACUGUCAGGCGUCGCUGACCGAAAAGUGUUUCUCGCGGGAAGGGAAGCUGUUUUGCAAGAGCGACUUUUUCAGGCGAUACGGCACCAAGUGCGGCGAAUGCGGCCAGGGCAUCUCGCCCAACGACCUGGUGCGGAAGGCGCGCGGCAAAGUGUUCCACCUGAACUGUUUCACGUGUCUCGUAUGCCGAAAGUCGCUGUCGACCGGCGAGGAGCUGUACGUGCUCGACGACAACAAGUUCAUCUGUAAGGACGACUACCUCAGCGGCAACAAGGGCACGGCGUUGCCGCACCACCAAGAUUCGCUGAUGGGUUCGGCGUCCGAGGACGAGGAGGACGACGACAACAGCACGGCGUCGUCGGUGCUCAAACACCACACGAUACACAGCUCGCUGCCGGCGCCCGGCGAGACCAACAACAACUCCCUGGCCCACUCGGACAUCAGCAGCUCAAUUGGACAGGACUCGAAAACGGGCCAGGACGACUCGGAGGACCAAAACUCGUUGGACGGCGACCCGGAAACCAGGGACUCGCAGACGGAGAACAAGAGCCCCGACGACAGCAGCGCGGGGUCGAAGCGCCGAGGCCCCAGGACGACCAUCAAAGCCAAACAACUAGAAAUAUUGAAAACCGCCUUCUCACAAACGCCGAAACCGACGCGACACAUACGCGAACAGCUAGCUAAAGAGACCGGACUGCCCAUGAGGGUCAUACAGGUCUGGUUCCAGAACAAGCGGUCCAAGGAGCGACGACUGAAGCAGCUGACGUCGAUGGGCCGCGGCCCGUUCUUCGGCGGCUCCCGCAAGAUGCGCGGCUUCCCGAUGAACCUGAGCCCGGGCGGCCUGGAGGACGGGCCGCCCGGCUUCCCGUACUUCGCCACCGCCGACGGCAAGUUCGAGUUCGGCUACGGCGGGCCGCCGUUCCAUCCGCACGACGGGCCGUUCUUUCCCGGCCACCAUCCGGGCGGCGGUCCGGGCGGCCAGGGCAUGCCCUUCGGACAAGGUGGAGGACCAAUGGACCAUCCGAUGCCGAUGGGCGGCGACUUUGGCGGCAUGCCGGGCGAACAGGGACCUUUCAUGCCCCAACAGCCUGGCCAGGAGCAGAUGAUGCCCGGGUCGGGGGCGCGGGGCGGCAGCCCCGAGUUCAUGACCACCGGCAACUUUUCGGACAACCCGCAACAACUCAACGAGGGCCUGGUUUGGUAGCUGGCGAAAGCUCUAGCCAAAAGGGCUAGAGAAUAGUUAUUGUUGUACAUAGUUAUUUUUUAUUUUAAUUGUUCAUUCAAUACGCGAACACUGCGUGGGGGACGAUUUUUAUGUGGUUGUGACCAAAAUUGCACACUGUUUCACUCUCUAUUAUUAUUAUUACUAUUUUAUUUACUAUUAUGGAAAAAAGCGUUGUUACUUAUUUAUUUAUUAUUGUUUAGGUUUGAUUUUUUUGUUAUAUGUAGUAGAUCGUGUAGCAUCUUACUAAAAAUCAGUGCAAUUGUUGUUUAAAUGUACAUAAACUGGCUUUUUUACAUAAUGUAAUUGUAAAUACUUAUUCAA